AUGACAGACGUCAGCGACAAGGACGAUGAAGCAAAACGCACCCCUUCUCCCGUCAGAGAACAGAACGAAAAGACAAAUGUCGAUGCCCAUGGACGAAGAGAAUUGAAAGAGAUGGAUGCUCCAGAGGUUCUGGCAUACGCUUGGCCGACAUGGAAGAAGUGGAUGUAUCUCGCUGGUGUGGCCGGCAUCCAGAUAUCCAUGAAUUACAACACUUCCGUCUUUCCCAGCGCCAUCACACCCUUGACAGAGGCUUUUAAUAUUGGUGCCCAGGAAGCGAGGACGGGUCAGAUGAUUUAUCUCGUUCUCUAUUCGUUUGGCUGCGAGUUAUGGGCGCCUUGGUCUGAAGAGUUUGGUCGUUGGCCCAUCCUCCAGCUUUCCAUGUUUCUCAUCAACAUUUGGCAAAUUCCUUGCGCUUUGGCUCCUAAUUGGGGAACCAUUCUCGUUUGCCGUGCUUUAGGCGGUCUUUCUACUGCUGGAGGUAGUGUCACUCUUGGUCUCAUUGCCGAUCUCUACCAGCCAGAGGAGCAACAGUACCCAUUAGCCUUUAUCGUGCUGUCUUCUUGUAUCGGAACCAGUAUCGGAGGUGUCAUUGGUGGACCCAUCCAGCGCUUCCUCGAGUGGCAGUGGUUCUUUUGGAUAAUGCUCAUCUUUGGCGGUGUUGUCCAAGCCAUUCACUUUUUCAUGCCAGAGAGUCGUUCCACAAUCCUCCUUGACAGAGAAGCCAAACGACGUCGCAAGACGGGAGAGGAUCCCAACAUUUACGGUCCUAAUGAGCUCAAGUCCCCGAGAAUCUCGCUCAAGGAAGCCGGCAAGGUUUGGAUCCGCCCCUUUGAGAUGUUUUUCCGUGAGCCAAUCGUCUUGUGUCUCUCUCUUCUCUCUGGCUUUUCUGAUGCCCUCAUCUUUACAUUCCUCGAGUCGUUUCCAGAAGUGUAUACCAAAUGGGACUUUGGAAUCCUCGCUCAGGCAUGGGCCUUUAUUCCCAUCAACUUGGCCUACUUUUUAGCAUACCUCAUAUACCUCCCUUGCUUUAUGCGCGAUAUUCACAUUCGCAACAAAAAGGGCGACGACUGUUUCUUGCCUGAGCGUCGACUCAAGGUGCUGCUUUGGCUUGCUCCUUUGGAACCAAUCGGUCUCAUCGGAUUUGCCUGGUGUUCACUUGGUCCGAGUUACAACGUUCACUGGAUCGCUCCCAUGAUCUUUUCCACCCUCGUUGGUAUCGCCAACUACGCCAUUUACUUUUCCUCGGUCGACUACAUGAUUGCCGCUUACGGUGUAUACUCUGCCUCGGCUUGUGGCGGUAAUGCCUUUGCGCGAGACUUUCUCGCCGGUAUUUCAGCCAUGUACGCUACUCCCCUUUACACCAAUAUCGGUGGACAUCCUGUCGAGUACGCCAGUACCAUUCUUGCCGGUGCAUCGGUUCUCGCUAUUGUUCCUAUCUACAUCUUUUACUGGAAGGGUCCUGUCAUUCGUGAUAGAUCAAAGUUUGCAAAGACACUGGCAGAGGAUCGAAAGAAGGAGGGAGUUCAUCGUCUCAGUUAUGCUAAUAACCUGCCUGCUUAG